UACUUAGGUAAAUCUUAGGCUUCGGCUGCGUCUUGCCCUUGAGCUAGCAAAGAUUGCAGUUUUAUGGAAGUCUGAAGAACUCCUCACCCCCUCCUCUCUCUCUCUCUCUGUUUGUCCAUCUAUCUAUCCGUGCGUGUGCAUACAGAGACGCACGUAAACGUUCGUUGCUUACUUUCCCUCAAUUUAUCUCCUCAAAGUCGUCCGGGAAACCCGCUUUCUCUCUUCGUCUCUCUUCCAUCUAUCUAAAGUUCUAAAUACACGCACAGAUAAAUAUAUAUAAAUAUAUUUAUAUUAUCAGCUAGCAGUUCCACAUCCAUGAAUCAAUCUAGGGAUUGACGGGACAAAUCGAGGAAAGGUAUUCGCUGUGGACUUAAAAUAAAUAGCAAUGUAUGCGAGGAGAUUGAAGUGCAAAAGCCAAAAAUGGGAUACCUUGUUUCAACAAUCCAAAUCUUUUAUUACUUCAAAUUGUCAAGAUCACUAUUGUUUUCGAUAUUCCAGCCAUAAAACAAUAGCAGGGAACUUUAUUUCCCAAAGUAGUUUAAUUAGACGAUAUCUCUCCAAUUCUUUUUCAUCAAGGGCCAUUGCAUCUGGUAAUAGACUUGUGCAGUUGCAUGUGAGCCCUAGCACAAAUUGGAGGAACAGUCAAUUUCGGGUUUUCAGUUCAGAAGGUGAUGGAAGCAAGGCAAGUAACGAUGAACAUGUACCUGUAAAAGAUGGGGCUAACAUUGAUAAGGGGAAGGUUCGAAGGGAAAAGGCUAGGGAAGAUGUGAAGCACUGUGAUGUACAUGCUCAACUUGGGGAACAAGAGCAAAAGGAAUGGCUCAAUAAUGAGAAGCUUUCCAUCGAGAGUAAAAAGAAGGAAUCACCAUUCUUAACUAGACGGGAAAAAUUUAAAAAUGAGUUAUUGCGGAGGAUCAUUCCUUGGGAGAAAAUAUCUGUUUCAUGGGAAACAUUUCCUUACUACAUUCAUGAACACACCAAAAAGAUUUUGGUGGAAUGUGCUUCAUCACAUCUGAAGCAAAAGAAGUUUACUACAACUUAUGGUGCUCGCUUAACUUCUUCAAGUGGGAGAAUACUGCUUCAGAGUAUUCCAGGUACUGAGCUCUAUCGUGAAAGACUUGUUAGAGCACUUGCACGGGACCUAGAAGUUCCCUUACUGGUGCUUGACAGUAGCGUUCUUGCUCCUUAUGACUUUGGAGAUAGCUCAACUGAAAGUGAAUUGGAGGAUGAUGCAGAAUCAGGGGAAGAGUGCACAUCAGAUUCAGAGGUUGAGGAUGAGAAUGAUAUGAGUAAUGAGGAAGAGUGGACUAGCAGUGGUGAGCGAAAAUCAGAUGGUAGUGAAGAUGAUGAAGUUGACGUGCAUGUAUCUGCAGAAGCCCUGAAGAAGCUUGUUCCCUAUAGCCUGGAAGACUUUGAGAAUAGAGUUUCUGGAGAAUCUGAAAGUUCAUCUGAGUCUUCGAAGUCCAAGACUGAGCCAUCAGAUGAAACCAAGAGACCACUGAAGAAAGGGGAUCGGGUCAAGUAUGUUGGUCCUUCUGUUCGCGUUGAAGCUGAUAACAGGAUCAUAUUGGGGAAGAUACCAACUUCUGAUGGUCCAACUAAUGCUUAUACCAUUAUCCGUAGCAGGCCUUUGUCUAGUGGUCUGCGCGGAGAGGUUUAUGAGGUGAAUGGUGAUCGUGUUGCUGUUAUUUUGGAUACUAGUGCGAACAGCAUGGACCAAGGGAAGGAUGAGAAACCUAUUGAGAAUGCUGCAGAACCAUCAGUUUAUUGGAUCCCUGUUAAGGAUGUUGAGCAUGACCUUGAUACUCAGGCGGAAGACUACUUCAUUGCAAUGGAGGCAAUGUUUGAGGUAUUGCAAUCCAUACAGCCUAUUAUUGUCUACUUUCCUGACUCGUCUCUGUGGUUGUCAAGUGCUGUUUCCAAGUCAAAUCGUAAAGAGUUUGUCAAUAAGGUUCGGGAAAUGCUUGAACAGCUAGCAGGCCCUGUUGUUCUAAUUUGUGGGCAAAACAAAGUUGAAACAGGCACAAAGGAGAAAGAGAAAUUUACAAUGAUACUGCCCAAUCUUGGACGCCUAGCAAAGUUGCCUCUACCUCUGAAGCGACUUACGGAGGGACUAAGGGCAACAAAGAGAUCAGAUGAUAGUGAAAUAUAUAAGCUAUUCACCAAUGUUAUUUCUCUUUAUCCCCCAAAGGAGGAUGAUCUUCUUAGAACAUUCAACAAACAGGUUGAAGAUGACAGGAGAAUUGUGAUAUCAAGAAGCAAUUUAAAUGAAUUACAUAAGGUCCUUGAUGAGCAUGAGCUAUCCUGCAUGGACCUUUUGCAUGUAAAUACUGAUGGUGUGAUAUUGACCAAACGGAAAGCAGAAAAAGUUGUUGGCUGGGCCAAAAAUCAUUACUUAUCCUCAUGUCUACUUCCCUCAAUAAAAGCAGACAGAUUGUGCGUGCCUCGUGAAAGCCUUGAAAUUGCAAUUUCAAGAUUAAAAGAGCAAGAAGUGAUAUCAAAGAAACCAUCGCAAAACCUGAAGAAUCUUGCUAAGGAUGAGUAUGAGAGCAACUUUGUUUCAGCAGUGGUUCCUUCUAGUGAAAUUGGUGUCAAGUUUGAUGACAUUGGUGCCCUUGAAGAAGUGAAAAGGGCACUAAAUGAACUUGUCAUUCUUCCAAUGAGAAGACCAGAGCUUUUCUCACGUGGAAAUCUGCUACGGCCUUGCAAGGGCAUAUUACUUUUUGGGCCUCCUGGAACUGGGAAAACUCUUGUUGCUAAGGCACUUGCUACGGAAGCAGGGGCCAAUUUUAUCAGCAUAACUGGUUCGACUCUAACAUCAAAGUGGUUUGGAGAUGCCGAAAAGCUUACAAAGGCCCUCUUCUCCUUUGCUAGCAAGCUGGCUCCUGUGAUUAUUUUUGUUGAUGAGGUUGAUAGUUUGCUUGGUGCUCGUGGUGGUGCUUUUGAGCACGAGGCCACUAGAAGAAUGCGAAAUGAAUUUAUGGCAGCUUGGGAUGGAUUGCGGUCAAAGGACAGCCAGAGAAUUCUCAUCCUAGGUGCCACAAAUCGGCCAUUUGACCUUGAUGAUGCUGUAAUUCGUCGUUUACCUAGAAGGAUAUAUGUUGACCUGCCAAAUGCUGAAAAUCGUGCGAAGAUACUUAAAAUAUUUCUUACUCAGGAGAAUCUAGAAACUAGAUUUCAGUUUGAGAAGCUUGCUGAUGUAACUGAAGGGUAUUCGGGGAGUGAUUUAAAGAACCUCUGUAUUGCUGCCGCAUAUAGACCUGUACAAGAACUUUUAGAGGAAGAAAAAAAGGGGGGUAGGAAUGAUGUGCCGGUUCUAAGACCGCUGAAUCUGGAUGACUUUAUUCAGUCAAAAGCCAAGGUUGGGCCAUCAGUUGCAUACGACGCCACUAGCAUGAAUGAGCUGAGAAAAUGGAACGAUCAGUAUGGAGAAGGUGGAAGCCGGAGCAAGUCUGCAUUUGGUUUUUGAAAUUUCUGACAUAUUAAUUGGAUUUAUCUUGUUCUUCUAGAGAGCAUACAACCUGGCGCCCUAGAUUCCCCAAAGAAUCCUUAAACUAGAUUCAAAUUUUUUUUCCCUUUUUUUUGUGGCACUCCGAGAGUGUAGGUUCUCUCUUGCAAUACUAUGUAAUAUCUAUUUAUUAGUGGUCCUUAUAGAGACAUCAAACAGAAAGCAAUAUAUGCCAUGGUGUAUAUCAAAAGAAUGCCCCUAACUUAGUUUACAAUGAGUUAUUGCCUUGCUUUUUGAUCA